AUGAAUUCAAAUGUAAUUUAUGUUCCAAAAGACCUUUCUGAAUGGAAGAAUGAAGAAAGGGUAUUUAUUUUACUAGACCGAGCAUGCUUAGAAUUAUAUGAAAAGAAAGAUAAGUCUCUCGAGUUACUUAAUGGCAUUGACCAUCCAAAAAAAAAAAUCGAAGAAUAUUGUUCAUCUCAUUUUUCCGAAAUAUUCUCGAAAGAAGAAAUGGUUUUAAACAUCAGGCCAGAUAUAUUGCAUCAAUGUUUACUUUCACUGCUAGAUUCUCCUCUAAAUAAAAGUGGGAGAUUAUUAGUUUAUAUUCGAACCAUGAGUAACGUAUUAAUAGAGGUAAACCCACAACUUUCUGUACCAAGAAGCUUUAAGGAAUUUUCGUCGUUAAUGGUAAACUUACUCGUUAAGCGCAAAGUCCUAGCGGUUAAUGGAAAUACUAUUUUGAUGAAAAUAAUCAAAAAUGACAUUGACAAAAUUUUGCCUAUUGGAGGAAAAAAAUAUGGUCUUUCAGUUAAUGGUACCCAAAAGAGUAUUCGGGCUUUGGCAAAUGAAAUAUAUUCAGGUCAAGACUCCAACGCACGCAAGAGUGCAGUAACAUUCGUUGUUGGUGCGGUUGCAUAUGGCGACCCAAUACAGAGUUGUGAUUUCAUAGAAGAAGUAAUUAGCAUUAGUUCAUACCCACUAUCUGCAGCACUCUGUUGUUCAAAAAUUUGCAAUGAAUUUGAAUAUUUAUGGGGAAUUUGUUAG